AUGGCAUCCGAAACGCCCAAGAACAUUGUUGUAAUAGGCGGCGGCAUUAUUGGCAGCACGAGCGCCUACUUCCUCUCGCACCACACCGCCUUCGACCCCGCCACAACAAACAUCACCCUGCUCGAAGCCACAGAAAUUGCCGGUGGCGCCAGCGGCAAGGCAGGUGGCCUCCUGGGCCUUUGGGCCUACCCGUCAUGCAUCGUGCCCCUCUCCUUCCGUUUGCACAAAGAGCUGGCCGACAAGCACGACGGCGCCCAGCGCUGGGGCUACCGCGGCGUGCACUGCGGGCAGAUUCUCAUGAAGGGACGGCCCGUGAAGAAGAGCGCGGACGUCGGCGAGAGCGUGAGCCUGCAGAAGCGGACGCCGGAGGCGCUGGGCCAGCUGCGCGCUGCGGGCGUGCCGAAGGAGCUCGACUGGGUCGUUCCGGAAGGAGUGAGGGCGUACGAGGAGAUGGGCGCGCCGGACGACACGGCACAGGUGCAUCCGUACCACUUCACAACCAGCAUGGCUCGAUUGGCGGAGGAGAAGGGCGCCAAGAUCGUUCUGGGAAGUGUGACGGAUAUCAACACUGAAGGGGGUGAGGUGCGGGGCUUUACUUACACCCCGAAGGAUGGUGGAGAGGCGCAGACUCUACCAGCCGACAGCGUCGUCAUCUCUGCUGGCCCCUGGACACGCAACGUUUGGCCGAAGGCCCCUAUCUCGGCGACACGCGCCCACAGCGUUGUCAUCAAGCCUCCUCGGGACGUGUCCAACUACGCUUUGUUCACGAGUAUCGACCUUCCUGCGGAGUCCGGUGCGUCCGGCAAGCGUCGAGGUUAUGGGAAGACUGUAUCACCGGAGAUCUACGCCCGGCCUUUCCAAGAGGUCUAUGCAUGUGGCGAAGGAGACCAUCUCGUGCCACUGCCCAAGACGACGGAGAACGUAGAGGUGGACCAGCAACGCUGCCAGGAGAUCAUUGACCAUGUGUCUGCGGUUAGCGACGAGCUGCGUGACGGCGAGGUCACUGCUCGGCAGGCAUGCUACCUCCCCAACGUGAGCAGAGGCGGCGGCGGCCCGAUGAUCGGAAAGGUGCCCGGCAUAAAGGGACUGGUCAUUGCGGCGGGCCACACGUGCUGGGGCAUCCAGAACGGGCCGGGGACGGGCAAACUGGUGAGUGAAAUCGUGUGGGAUGGUAAGGCGAAGAGCGCGAACAUUGCCAGCUUGGAUCCUGCAAAGUGGCUGUGA